AUGAAUGAAAACUAAUUCAAAAAUGAAACCUUAUUCAAAAUAUAUAUUUAUGAUUAAGAUGAAAUUUACUAAUCUUACAAAUAUACGAAAUAAUCAGCAAUUUAUAGUUUGCCUGAAGAAAUUCUGAAAAAACAUAAUGUCUCUAUAGAAGAGUAUAAAUUAAACAAGGAAUGUUAUGCCAAAAAUUGGGUUGAAAAUUUGAUUUUAACUUAACCAAAUAUUGAGAUUCUCUUUUUAAAUGACUUAAUAUAAAAGUUAAGGAAUGUGAAUGAGACCCAUUAUAUAUUAGAAAUUGAGAACAAUAAGGUUUUAAUUUGGAUGAAUAAAUUGGAAGUUGAAGAGGAAACAAAUCGGGUUUCUGAAAAAAUCUUUAAAGUUUUCGCUUUUAUGAUAAAAUGCACAAUCUAUUUGUUUUGUUAAACAUGUAUAGCUAGUUUGAUUAUUAAAAUCCUUUAAUUUGGAAUUCCCAUUCUAUUGAAUGCAGGAUGGUAUAGAUUAUAUCAAAGAAUAUUGAUUAAUAAUAAUAAAACUUCUCAUAUGCUAAAGAUAAGUUACCUAUUGUUAUUUUUUAACACUGUUAACUUACAUCUAUUAUAACCAAGCAACAAUCCAAUCGUAGAAAAAUCUGUUAUUGUAAAAAAUUCAUUAAAAAUAGAUUGA